UAAACAGCCCUCGUCGCCUCAGACCAAUGCUUCAACCAUGGGCGAAGAUACUGUCAUGCGCGACGCCGAGGCGGUGCGCGAGAGCACCCUCAUGUACGGCCAUGAGGAGGAAAAGCUCAAUGACAAGUACCCAACACGGCCGUUGAACGAGCACAAGACGCCGCCCUUUCACACACUGUUUACAGAUCUCUUCGACCCGUUGAUGGACACGCAGAAGAGGAAGCACCCAGUAGGCGCGCGUAGGAAAGCCGGCCCUCAAGGCCACUCCAACCUCUCGCCGCACGAGGCAAAGAGGAACAUUAUUGAACGCUACAUCAAAGACUGGCGCAAAAACGUCGGCAACGACUUUUACCCAGCAAUGCGGCUGAUAAUACCCGAAAAGGAUCGUGACCGCGCAAUGUACGGCCUGAAGGAGAAGGCUAUCGCCAAAGUCCUGAUCAAACUCACCAAGAUCAGUAAGGACUCAGACGACGCAAAGCAGAUGCUCAACUGGAAGCUGCCCGGUCAGCUAUACAAAGCCUCGUCAUCGACAGCUGGUGAUUUUGCCGGUCGCUGCUAUGAGGUCCUUUCCAGUCGCCAAAUGCGCACUCAGUAUAGUGACAUGAGUGUUGCUGAGGUCAACAGUGCCCUAGACAAGCUGUCGCAAGUCGGCUCAGAAGAGGAACAAGUCAAGAUCUUUAAUAGAUUCUAUCGGAGGAUGAACGCGGAGGAGAUGACCUGGCUGAUCCGCAUGAUCCUCCGUCAGAUGAAGAUUGGAGCCACUGAGAAGACGAUCCUCGACAUGUGGCACCCUGAUGCCGAGCAGCUCUUCAACAUUUCCUCAAGUCUAAGACGGGUUUGCUGGGAGCUGUAUGACACGAAGAAUCGACUUGAAGGUGACGACACAGGUCUCAGCGUGAUGCAAUGCUUCCAGCCCCAGCUUGCGCAGUUUCAAGAUAAGGGGGGCUCGUUCGAGAAGAUCGUGUCCAGAUUUCAACAAAACCCCGACGAUGACAAUUUCUGGAUCGAAGAAAAGCUUGACGGCGAGCGCAUGCAAUUGCACAUGAUGGAGGAUCCAGAGGCACCAGGCGGCAGAGUCUUUGGCUUCUGGUCGCGCAAAGCCAAAGACUAUGCCUACCUCUACGGCAAACACCUCGAAGGCGAGGAAGCCGGUGCUUUGACACGUUUCAUUACGGACGCGUUUGGUAAGAACAUUCGCAACAUCAUACUUGACGGCGAGAUGAUCACCUGGGACAUGGACACAGACCACAUUGUUGGGUUCGGUACGCUGAAGACUGCGGCGAUAUCAGAAAAGGAGAACAAGACCGACAAGAAGACUGGCCAACGCCCGCUCUUCCGCGUAUUCGAUUGCGUCUAUCUCAACGACACGCUCUUGACGCCGUACAUGUUGCGAGACCGCCGUCGGGCACUCGAGGGGGCAGUGACGAGUGUCCACCGGCGUCUGGAGAUCCAUCCAUAUAUCGACGCGAGUUCCCACACCGAGGUUGAGCCCGCGUUACGAAAGGUCGUAGCUGAGUCUUCAGAAGGCCUGGUGCUGAAAAACCCCCGAUCCAUGUACCGUCUCAACGAGCGUAAUAAUGACUGGAUGAAAGUCAAGCCCGAGUACAUGUCCGAGUACGGCGAGUCGCUGGACUGCGUCGUUGUCGGCGGCUACUUCGGUUCAGGCCACCGAGGCGGCGCUCACUCUUCCUUCCUGUGUGGCUUACGCGUGAAGCAACAUGCCAAACCGGAUGACCCCGACUACGAGAAAUGCUUUUCAUUCUUCAAAGUCGGCGGAGGUUUCAGUCGCGAGGACUACGCCGCCAUACGAGGUCGCACAGAGGGCAAAUGGAGAGACUGGGAUUCGCGACGUCCACCAUCCACCAUCGAGCUCGGGGGCCAUGCAGAAAACCGCCAGUACGAACGACCCGAUCAGUGGAUCCUCCCGAGUGAGUCCGUUGUUAUCGAAUGCAAAGCAGCAAGCGUCGAGGGCAGUGACAAGUUCCGCAUGGGCCGCACACUCCGCUUCCCACGCUUCAAGCGCCUGCGCGUCGACAAGCGCUGGGACCAAGCGCUGAGCAUCCAGGAAUGGCUCGCACUGCAAGAAAACGUCGAGCAGACGCUCGAAGAGAAACAGCAGGAAUUCAAAAUUGAACAGAACCGCCGCAAGAAACCACGCAUCACCAAGAAACCCCUCGUCAUCGCCGGCAACGAGACUCUCACCACCCCUUACGCUGGACCAGAGUCUAAGCUCUUCGAGGGUCUGUCCUUCUACAUCAUGACGGACCAACUCCUCCCCACCAAGUCCCCCAAACCCGCCCUCGAAGCCCUCGUCAAAGCGCACGGCGCCACGCUUGUCCAGCGCGCAUCCCCGGACAAGAACCUCGUUGUCAUCGCCGACAAGCGGCUUAUCAAAGUCGCCGCGCUCGAGAAACGAAAUACCAAUAACAUCCUCAAGCCCUUGUGGGUCGCUGAUUGCAUCGCGCAGAGCGCCGCCGACGCGAACACACUCCCGUACUUAUUGCCGUUCGAGCCGAAUCGGCACAUGUUCUUCCUGCGCAACGAGGACUUGGAUGUUGUUGAGGGGCAUGUGGAUAGGAACGGGGACUCGUAUGCGCGAGACGUCGGCGAUGUGGCGGAGAUGCGGAGACUGCUGGAUGGUAUGCAGAAGCCGGCUGCGAAGAAGUUUGAUAGGCACGCAUUUGUGAGUCAGCUGCAGGGGCAUGGGGGCGAGGUGGCGCGGCUGAAGAGCUAUAUGUUUGUGGGUACUAGGGUUGCGGUGCAGGAUAGUGUUGAUUUGGUUUGGAGUCUGAAGGCGAAGAUCGCGGCGAACUAUAUCCGGUUUGGUGGGGGUGCAGUGGUGGAUUGUGGCGCGGAGAGCGUUACACAUGUCAUCGUUCAAGACGGUAAUCAGAGAAGUAGUACAGGGGUUUCGAGCAUGGCGCGGAUGGUUGGCGUUGGGUGGGUGGAAACGUGCUGGGUGGAAGGCACCAUGGUCGAUGAGGAGAGGUUUCAGUGGGGGUGACCUUGGGGAGACACCACA